UUUCCAACUCCGUCAAUCAUAUCGUUUGUUUACGCAAUUGGUUUGUUUCCUUUAAGAGGCGGGGCUAAAUUGCACAACCCGGAAAAACACGCUGUCUGCAGGAUAUAUCAGGAGAGAGAACAGUUGAUGUGUACGUUUCACCGAAUAGAAAUGGCAGGUUUGAACAGGGACCACAACAAAAGGACAGCUCGAUCUAAUGAUUCAGAAUCUGCAGUUGACCCACCAGUUUUGCGCAUCAGCCAGCUGGAUGCCCUGGAGCUAGACUCAGCUCUUGAGCAACUGCUGUGGACCCAGUUCACUCAGUGUUUCCAAUACUGCCGCCCAGGGUUGCUCACCCCGGUGGAGCCUGAACUGAAAGCAUUACUUUAUCUGCUGCUCUGGAGGUUUACUCUUUAUUCUAGCAAUGCCACAAUAGGUCAAUCUCUACUAAGCCUGCGCUAUCAAAGCACAUCUUCAUCAUCUCCCCACUACAGAUCACUGUCCCCUCGUCAGAAGUUGGAUCUUGCCAUACUUACUGCAGGCCCCCGUUGGCUGCAGGAGCGUUGCUACCGUCUGCUGCCAUAUUUGUCUUUGAGUCCAAGAGGGGCUGUUUCGGAAUUGGAUGGUGGCUUGCUGCAACAAAGUCUCCGUAAAGCCCUAACUCUUGUUUCUGGUCUGGCAAAGUUUGCUACCUUUGUCAACUUCCUAGUUUUCCUAAGAAAUGGCCGCCACCCUGCCCUACCUGAAAGAAUUGCGGGAGCUCAGGCUGUGUUCAGUAAACCUAAUGUGGUUCGAGAUGUAACUUACCAGUACAUGAACCGGGAACUACUGUGGCAUGGCUUUGCCGAGUUCCUCAUCUUCCUGUUACCGCUGGUAAAUUUAAGGAAACUGAAAGCAGCGGUGUUAUUGCAUGUGCUUGGAAGAAAAGAUUCUGAGGAAGAAAGCAAAAGAGAGGGAAAAGACAUGUGGAAAAACUGUGGACUAUGUGGAGAAUGGCCAACAAUGCCUCAUACGGUGGGGUGCCAGCACGUUUUCUGCUACUACUGCAUUAAAAGCCACAGCAUAGCCGACGCUUACCUCACAUGUCCGAAAUGUGGGGCAGAAGCAGGGACGCCCAAUGUGGUGAAGAUGGACAUGCGGGUUGUGGGCAGGUGAUGGUUCCAUCCUGCUGAGAGAAAACUGCUAGAAAUGUGAUCUGAAUGAAAGGGAUAGUUGAGGAUUAUUUAAGCAAAGAUUUGGUAAAAAUGUAAGAAGCAAGUAGUGUUUUAUCUUUAGCAAAUAACUCUGUUUUUUUGUUUUUUGUUUUUAUUGUUUACCAUGAAUCCGGAUCAUUAAGGUGAAGCUAACAGACAUGACCAAAUCAGACUUCUGUCAGCUUGAAACAACUUGAGUCUCAGAAACAUCUUAACUGUUUUUGCAAACAUUUUCAAAACCCUUUAAACUUAUGUUAGCAUUGGGCAGUCAUAUUUAGAGAAGCCAAUGUUUAAACUUGAUUGACUUAUUCAUUGAUUAUUUAUACAGAAAACGGACUCAGGAGGUUGUGUGGCACCAGUAAUAUGAAGGUGGUAUAAGAAAGUAGAAACACCGUUUCAUUGUUUUUUGUUUUUUUCUCAUGCUGUUUUUUUUUAAUAUAUGAUACUCUGACAGAAAAACUUUACAUUUGGUUCUUAGUACGAGUUUCAUAUAUGAGGAAUAUUUCUGGUAGUCCAUCUCCUACCUCUGUUUCCUAUCUCCUUGAUAGAAAUGUUAAUUUCUGAAGAAAUUGUGUUCAUCUGUUCCCAGUAUUUGCUUUUUUUUUCUUUCAAAAUAUUUAGUCACGUAUGACUUUAUGAUAGGAGGACUUUUCCUUACUGUGUCUUUUCUAAGCACACAGUUGUCUGCUAUGUUUAAUGUAUGUGUGCAUAUAUUGACAGUCUUCUGUGCCCUCUGUUUCUCUGGCUGGACUUUGGAUGGAAUUAUUUGUCUUUGGUGCACUGGACAGACUACAGAGCACCACAUGGGGCAUAUAUUUGAUGAGUGAAUGUGUUGAUUUAUGCUCCAAAUUGGCUCUGUGAUGGGGCGCGUGUGUGUGUGUGUGUGUGUGUGUGUGUUUGUUGAAAUGGGAAUAUUUGUUCUGAUGAAAAAUGCAGAAAGUCAGCUGAAUAAAUAAUGGGAGGAAUUUCUGAUGCCUCUCAUCAUGGUCAAAUUAGCAUUUGUUGUGUAUUUUGUGCCUAAAUUGUAUUUCAACAUCAUUAAAAUUGAUAGAGUGCUA